AUGAGCAACGACCUCGCGGUAGCCGCUGGCCACAAGCCCCCCAGGUCCCCCCUCCACCACCCAACAACAACUAUGCGCCAAGCGCUGCCUCUGGCCAAACCUUCAAUGGAUAUCCCCCCCGGUGCCCAUCCUGGCGCUGGCUACCCUCAUCCCAAUGGCGCUAUGCCGUCAGAUUCGCUCAUCCGACAAGUCAAUCCCGGGGCUCAGCCAUAUGGCCACCCUUACGGUCACCAAUACCCCCAGCCCACCCCUCAUGGGCCUCCUCCCGGGAUGCAUUCAUUCUACGCGCAAGACCCAGCGCAUCGACAACACCCCUCCCGCCAGCCUCCCCCGGCCCACAACCCUAACCAACAACCAUUAGUAUACCCAAUGGCCAUGCACGGCACGCCGUCGCCAUACGGUGGCUCGCCUUUCCAGCACGAAAUGGUUCCCUAUGGCGCCAAUGGGUACUACAACUACCCCCGCGACCCGCGCGACCCAUACGCAAUGAUGGCCGCGAUGCAACAACCGUCUUAUUUCCCACACUUCCCACAACAUUCCCCGGUUCCACAACCUGAGCCAGUUCCGACUCCUGCACCUGUCGCGGCUACUCCCGCGCCAGCUCCGGAACCCGCACCAGCACCGCCACCAGUCGAUACAUCAAAGGACGAGGCAAUCGCACGACUCGAGAAACUCAUUCUGGACCGCGAAACCAAAGAGGCCGCAAAGGCAGCCGAAAUUGAACGACAGGCCCAAGAAGCUGCCGCCGCCGCAGCGCAACUUGCCCACGAUAGGAAAAUCGCCGGAGAGGCCGCCGCUCUUGCCCGAGCAGAUGCCGAGAAAAGAGCAGCUGAGGAUGCUGCGAAAGCUAAAGAGGAGGCGGAAAAAGCUGCGGUGGUGGCUGCCGCGGAUGCCGCCCUUGCUGCUACCGCUGCUGCUGCAAAGGCAGCAGCAGAUGAAGCGGCGGCAAAGGCAGCCGAGGCUGAAAAGGCCGCCGCACCCAAGCCACCCGCCGAGAAGAAGAAACCUAUCAAGUUCAAAGAUGCUGUGGGAAGGAAAUUCAGUUUUCCUUUUGAGCUUUGCGCGACAUGGCAGGGAAUGGAAGAUCUAAUCAAACAAGCCUUCCUUCACAUCGAAGUAAUCGGACCACACGUCGCAGAGGGCCAUUACGACCUGGUAGGCCCAAACGGCGAUAUCAUUCUCCCCCAAGUGUGGGAGACGGUAAUCGAGCCCGACUGGAGCAUCACCAUGCACAUGUGGCCUAUACCCGAGAAGCCCAAGGAUCCCGAUCCACCUCCUGCCGGAGAAGCCCCCGCUGAACCUGCAAAGGAUGCUGCGUCGCCUGGUGCGGAGGCGCCGAAGAAAGCUGGUAAGUUUUCCCUAUGA